AUGAUACAAAAUGGGAUGCUGAUGGAAUUUGUAGAGAGGUGGCAUCCAGAGACAUUGUCAUCUCAUCUUCCUCGCUGUGACAUUACCAUCACUCUUGACGACAUUGCAUGCCUGAUGCAUAUACCUAUCAGGGGUAUCCUCCUUAGUCACGGCACUCAACUGUUUGUGGACACGAGCUCGUCGUACACAAACGUCGUUUACCUGACGUACUUAUCGAAUAUCGCACUUGUCCGGGAGUACAACUGGGGAGCGGCUACACUAGAGUACACCUACCACAAACUCGGCGAGGAAUGCCUUUGGAAGGGUUUGAUACUACAGCACUUCCCAGAUAUUAUUGGCUGGGGAGAGGUGUCGGAUUAUACCGAGUCCAUGCCACGUGCUAGAGCCUUCGUCCCCCUCAGAGGGAACCGGGUGUCGGAUCCUAACAGGCAUUGUCUUAACCGUAUGGCCGCUGAGGACUUCCGAUAUAAAUUCUAUGAUGAUCACCGUGAGACGGUUCUGUGGGAUGACAUUGCCCUAUAUUCUGGAUGGUUGGCUGCCAUUUCGACCAUUAUUGUUCGUUAUCUUCUAGAGCGCGUCAUGCGUCAAUUUAGCUACCAGCAGACGAUAUCUCGCCACCCUUCUGACUCUGCUUAUAUCGCCAUGACCAGUCAGCAGCUAGAUGAUGUUUUUGUAGACUGGGAGCAUCACAUUGUUCCUGACGAGGCUCGGGAGACCAGAUCAGAGGUAGAUUGGAGCUACGUCAAUGGGUACAUCAACUGGUACUACAGAGUGUCACACUCAUACAUGAUUCCCACUGCACCAGGAUCACCGCCUAGACCAGCCCACGAGGAGAUUUUGCGGACUUAUCAGACUCAAUUAAACCACACUCAGGAUGUUCUUCCUUGGUGUCGUCAGAUAGCUGACAUGGGGAGGGCAUGCAUUGCAAAUGGUUUCUUUCCUGAGAGGUCUAAUGACAGGUGUGUAGUGGAUGGUAUGAUUAGGCUGGCAAAGGAGACAUUUUUGUAG